AACAAAUUUAUAGAUUAAAAAAUAAAAUAAAAAAGGGGAAUGAGGAAAAGAGAACAAUCUUCUCGUUUCCUCAUCUUUCUCUUUCAAUCAUUAUUCUAAUUCACAACAACAUAAACUAAUUAUUUUUCAUUAUUGUAUUUUGUAGACUAGCUUUUUUAUAAUCGGAUGUAUAAUAGAAAUUGCCGCUUAUGUUAGUAUACAAAUAAAGGAGAGUAUUAAAUCAUUCGUUUGAUUUCAGGUUGGCGAUUUUCAAGUUAUUGACGUUUGUUAAGGAAAAGUUGGAUAGACAGGAAGAAGCAUGGCAUUGAGAAGAGCCAUAGGAGCAGUGAAGGAUCGAACAACGAUUGGGUUAGCAAAGGUAGGAAGCAGCAACUCGUUGGCAGACUUAGAUGUGGCCAUUGUUAGAGCAACCAGUCAUGAUCAGUAUCCACCUGAAGAGAAGUACUACCAUGAGAUCUUUAGCUUGACUUGCUAUUCCCCAACCUUGGUUGGAUGUUGUGUUAAUACCAUUUCUAGACGCCUUAGCAAGACCAAGAAUUGGGUAGUAGCGUUGAAGACACUAAUGUUAGUCCAAAAGCUGUUAGCGGAAGGAGACCCUGGUUAUCAGCAAGAGAUAUUCUUCUCAACAAGGCGUGGAACUCGUAUGCUCAACAUGACAGAUUUCAGAGACUCACGAUCUAACUCUUGGGAUUACUCUGCAUUCGUGAGGAUGUAUGCUUUGUACUUGGAUGAAAGGCUCGAGUACAAGAUACAAGGAAGGAAGAGACAUCACCAUCACUAUAGAACACGCUCCUGUGCAUCCUCCCAGGAAGAAUAUCCUCAGUCGUCAGACCAACAUCGAGACAAUAAUAACAAUACUUAUACUGCUUCAGCUUCAGCUUCAGCUUCUGGUUCUUGUUCUGGUUCUGGUUCUUCUCCAUGGAAUUGGACAGUAGCAACUUGUGACCUUACCAUGGAUCAGAUAUUGUCAAAGAUGCACCAUUUGCAGCAGCUUCUUGAAAGGUUUAUUGCUACCAGGCCUGCUGGAUCUGCUAAGCAAGACCGUAUUGUUAUUGUUGCUCUUUAUUCCGCCGUCAGAGACAGUUUCCAAAUUUAUUAUGACAUAACAGACAUACUAGCUAUAUUGAUUGAUCAAUUUAUGGAGUUAGAAAUCCCAGAAUGUAUCAAGGUACAUGAAAUUCUUUGUCGGAUUUCAAAUCAAUUUGAUGAGCUUGAUUCAUACUAUUCUUGGUGUAAGGACAUAGGAGUGGUGCGCUCCUCUGAAUACCCUGAAGUUGAGAAAAUUACUCGAAAGAAACUUGACCUAAUGGACGAAUAUAUAAGAGAAAAGGCAGCCAACACAUUAACCAAACUGGCCAUCAUGGACAGAAAACAAGGACCUGCCUCUGCCUCUGCCUCUGCCUCACAAGAGGAGAUAGACCAAGAAGUUGUCGAGGACAUGAACACGAUUAAGGCACUUCCUCCACCAGAAGGUUUCCCCCAACACCAAGAGGAAGAGGAAGAGGAAGAGGAAGAGAAGGAACUUGAGCCAAAACAGAGUAAUGAACCUGAAGCCAAAGAGGCAGAUCUAAUGCACUUAGGAGAUGAUGCACCAACAAGUGAAGAGCACGGGGAUAAACUCGCCUUAGCAUUAUUCGAUGGUGAUACACCGAAUAUUGACACAACCUCACUUCCAUUAUGGGAGGCUUUCAAUGACACAUCAGAUUGGGAGACAAAAAUAGUCAAGUCACCCAGCCAUUUCCCCCAUCAGAAGGCUUCCUUUGACACAAUGUUAUUAAAUGGUAUGUAUCAGCAUAAUGCUGCUAACCGCGUUGGAGGGACUGGAAGUGCUAGUAGUGUGGCUCUUGGGUCACUUGGGAACCCUAAGAAGCUACCAUUACCAUCUUUUUCAGCCAAUUAUUCAACAGUUGUGGACCCUUUUGCAGCGUCAUUGGGGGUAGCCCCACCGCCUUAUGUACAAAUGUCAGAUUUUGAGAAGAAGCAAAGACGAUUGGUUGAAGAACAAUUUAUGUGGCAACAAUAUCAGAGGGAUGGGAUGCAGGGCCCUGUUGCAUUGUCAAAGAUACAACAAACCCCUGCUAACAUUGGAGGUUAUGGUUUUUACCAUUACAGAUAUUGAUGCCCAAAUGUAUAGAAUUACUAAUACCAUAGAUCAUUCACACAAUAGGGGGAGUAAAUUAUCUGUUGUAAAUGUCAGAAAACCUUGAACACUAAUUUAUACCUUGUAGUACUUCAGAACUUCAUUAUAAGCACUGAGCUAGACAAUUCCUCUGUUA